AUGGCAGCAAUUAUGGGUGAUCAUGUCUAUAUACCAGAUAAGAAAUUGGGAGUUGUAGUUUUGAAUUUAAGUAAUGGAGCAAGAAAUGAAGUAAUGGAACAAUUGGUACCACAAAUUGAGGAUGGUAUUGGAAUUGUGUUUGCUUCAGAAACUGAAAUGAUUCUCUCCAGGAGUGGAUCUUUGGAAUUGUGGACUAGGCCAUCGUAUGAUAUUUCUGAAAAGUGGAGUUUGCAGGUGAAGAGAGAGGCUGCCAAGGAGAGGGGUUACUUGUUCCUAUUCAAUAUGGCCUAUGAGAGGAGUAGUGAGCUACUCUAUGUAUUGGAUUGUGAUAUAAUGAGAGUGAGUGUCAUUGGUAAGAAUACUCUGGAUAUUAUCAAGACAUUUGGAGAGGAUUUGAAUUUGACUUCUAUUUGUAUUGAUGAAGAGAAGGGUCAUCUUUACUGUUGUUAUAAUAACAUUGUAAUUUACAAUUAA